AUGGCUUCCUCGUGGUGCUGGAAUUGCCUCUCGAGGCUUCGCCCGACACCGCGAGCACUCCUCCCGCCGUCCGCAACGCCCCGGAUUUCGAGCGCCCCCUUCCACUCCACCGCCGUGCACUAUGCCCAGCCGGCCAAGAAGAAGGGAAACAGCUUGACUGUCAUGAAGCACAGACAGUCAACCAGCUUGAGAAGGAAGAAGAAGAAGGUUGCUGAUCGCGGCGGUCGUCCCCCAGCCGUGGGUGAGCGCAAGGCUUUGCGGAAACGCAUUGUCUUGAGCAACCCCAACGCCCUUGAGGUUGAGGGCAUGCUGGACCUGUCCCGGGGACUAUGGUGGACUCCCGUCUCCGUGGUACCGUUCUUGGACUUCCUAGCAGUGCAAGCCUUCAAGCCCAAGCAGGGCUGGUCGAUAUUCCGCCGGCCUGGAACGGUCCUCCGACGUGAUACCAUUGAGAUGGGUCGUUUGUUUGAGCAGAUCUCUGGGGAGGGCGAUGGUGCCAAGAAGGGCAAGGUCGUCAAGAAAAUUGUUACUGGUAUGAAGGGAUCUGGCAAGACCGUGCACCUGCUGCAGGCUAUGGCUAUGGGAUUCUUGAAGAAGUGGGCUGUGAUCACUAUUCCCGAUGCCCGAGAGCUUGUGUCUGGUGAAACCGCCUACGCCGCCAUCGAAGAUAGCGACCCACUGCAGUAUGUCCAGCCUACUGCGACCUCGGCUCUGUUGACUCGCACUGUCGAUGCCAACCGGGAGCUCCUGGCUAGCCUGAAGGUCUCCCAGAAGCACCCAGCUCUGAAGACGUUGAAGCCUUCCUCGACCCUCGAAGACCUCGCCAAGCUUGGCUUCAGUGAUCCUGCUGUCUCCUGGCGGGUCUUCCAGGCUCUCUGGACUGAGCUUACUGCCACUGCCCCCGCCGCAGGAUUGGAGAAGGACUUCCAGCCCCGUCCUCCUAUGCUUGUUGCCGUGGAUGGUCUGGCCCACUGGAUGACCGAGACCGAUUCAUGCCCACGACCUCGCCUUCGUCCACCACUUCCUCUCCUUGCUGAAGGAGGGCGAUUCCUGAAGAACGGCGGUCUCCUUCUUUACGCCACCUCAGCCUCAAACAACCCCAACCCCAAGGCUCUGAACAUUGCCCUGGACCGCCUGGCCGCCCGCCAGGCCGGUAUCAGCGCUUCCUCGCCCGAAUAUCCGCAACCACCAGCCUACAGCGAUGCUGAUCCUCGCGUCCUGGACCUGCUCCAGCCCGCAGAGAAGGCUGUCAGCCCAGUCGAAUUGCAGACGCUGGGCGGCCUCACUCGCGACGAGGCUCGUGGUUUCAUGGAGUACUUCGCUCGCAGCGGCUUGCUGCGUGAGAUGAUCAAUGACCAGUGGGUGAGCGAGAAGUGGAGCUUAUCCGGCGGCGGUAUCAUCGGCGAGCUGGAAAAGUUCGGCCGUCGUGUUCGCGCCACUGCCUCCGCCUCGAAAUAA